CACCUGUGUCUCCCUGACCACUGAUCUUGCAUCCCAUUCACAAUGUUCUUCAUCUGGACGCUGCAUAUGAACGUGUUUGCUCUGCUGGUCAGGACCACCACAGCUGACCAAUGCCCACUUCAUGAUGCCAAACCUGGGACUGUGUCACCCGUGAUGGAUUCUUUGCAGUGCUACAAUGACUAUAAGACCCAUGUGCAAUGCACGUGGGAAGAAGAUCCACUCAUUCAUUCACAAGCCGCAGAAAACUCCUCACUCGUUUCCUGGGAUUCUUAUGAAGAAGCACUAUGUGUUUCUCUCGGACCUGGUGUUGUUUCAUCCAAUGGAAAGAUCUCUCACAGUUGUCGCUAUAACACUACGAUGUUUACCCUUGAAAUCGAUCACAAAGUCUACUUCAAUGUAUCCUGUAAAUCAAGAGGACUGUCUCUCAUUGUAGCCAAGCAUGGAAAAGUUCUGGCCCCGAUUGACUUGACUGAGAAAAUGGCUAAUGGAUCAGGUCAUGUGGUGUCAUGGAGAAGCCCGUAUCCUGCAUCCUCAAAUAUUACAGCAACGCUCACGUAUCAGCUUCAGUACCGCAUAUCUGGCCAAGACUGGACUGUUGUGUAUAAUGGCAAUGAAUCUAAGUAUAUGAUCGAGAAGCAACUACUCUUGCCAGGUUACCUUUACCAAGCCAGAGUGAGGGCCCGAGGUCCUUUAGGAAUGUGGAGCAACUGGAGCCCACUAGUGUCCUGGAGAUCCCAAGAUGAUGAAGUCUUUAAUCUGCAGUGUGAGAUAAAAGGAGAAAAGGACGUGACGUGCAGUUGGCAGAUGAAGACAGUCAACUCUCACUUCAUAUCUUAUCAUCUGUGGUACAGUCACAAUGAUAGCAGUCAAGUCCCCAAGCCACCAAGGCGUUGUCCAAAUCCUCUGGUAAAGCCGAGAGAUGCUGGGAUAACGGAGUUUAUUUGUUCUAUAAACACAAAUGACCCUUACGGGUUAACAGUUGAGCUGAGACCCGUGUACAACUCAAAAACAUUCAGGACUUCACAAAACGUUCACCCUCCACAACCCGCCCCCGUGCAGGUGAAAGAGAGAGAUGGUGUUUUCCGUCUAAGCUGGUCUAUAAAUUGGACUGAUCUCAUAAAAUACUUUGUCCAGCUGAAAAUCUCAAACAGUGAGACAUCAAUGCUCUAUAACCUAACUGGAAACGAAGGGUUUGAGAUUCCUUCAAGCUCUCUAGAUCCUUCAACUCAUUACGAGGCCCAGAUCAGAUUAGUGCUUUCAUCUAAAGAUAGUCCCUACAGUGGUCGGCCAUCCGAAUGGUCACGGCCAAAAAGGUUUACCACAGGUCCAGCUUCUUGGUCUGUCACCACCAUAAUCUACAUAUUGAUUAGUCUGUUCGUGGCUGUGAUCUUCAUAGUUUUGUACAACGCCCUUCCAGUCUUUCACAGAAAGAUUGAAUUAUGGAAGGGAUCAAUUCCAUCACCCAUACACAGCAAAGUGAUGGAGGGAAUUAUCAAGUCCUCCUCUGGAUGGCCAUAUCUCCAAAGCGAGAAAGAGAAGACCUCAAUGUGUGUCAUACAGGCAACAGACAAUAUCAGUAUCUGCAAAAGCAGUGUCUCUGGGGAUCCACUUUUGUUCUACAGUGAGGACGUGAUUUCAAAUGCUACCCUCAAAAAAGGAUGGCCAGAUGAAACGAGCCACGCACACUCCUAUGUGGGCGAGAGCAUGUACCCGGACCAUUCAGGAAUAAGCUUCAGCGGACCGUAUAUUCUGUGCUGUGAGGAUUCCUGCGAUCAGGAGGAAAUCAUCGAUGUGUAUUCCGAUGAAAGUCACGGGUGCAUGUGUGGAACGCCUAACAAUUCUGGUGCAAUAAAUGGAGGCUAUGUUGUGACUCCUCCCACCGCCAUGUCAGUAACUCGAGACCCCACCCAUGUCGACAGCUCGACCAAUAAUCCAACAGAUGAACCCCCGGCAUACACCCCCAGAUUAGAUCAGGGGGGUAUUGUCCACCCUCAUCCUUCAGGUUAUUUCAUGAUGCCAUGUGUUGGCAUGAUCCAAUCAGAGCCAAAGGGAUACGUGGCGCUGUCACAGCCUGGAACGUAACGAUGACUUUUGGUUUGCAAAAAAACUUUUAAUAAGAGGAGCCCAACGACCCAACUGAAGGUGAGGGCUUGGAAGUGCCUUCGUGCCAUGAUAUUGAACAAAACAGGUUCAGAUGUUUGCUUUAUCCAAACUGUCCCUUUGUUUCGAUACAGAUAAAAUGUAUCCAUGCGCAUAAUGAAUAUGGUUAAGUCGGCAUAAAAUCGAAGUAGCGGUUGUCUUAUUUUGACGUAUAUCCAAGUGAAAUGGCUUUUUAAAUGAAAAAAAAAAUGUAGGGCUGGACUUGAAUUCGUUUAUCAAGAACUGAUUGGACAGUUUGAAGUUGGCUCAUGUUGCUAUUUGCUAAUCACUGCAAUCUGUUCCCGGACCCUACCCACCUGCUAUGACCGGAAGUAAAGAGAGAUUUGAGUUUUUGAUUAAGGAUUUUGAGGGCACGUGAAUUAAAAAAAAAAAUUUCAAUGUCAUUGCGACUUUAAAGACUUGAUGGACCCAAGAAGGACAUUUUACGAAGUGCAAGCAAUUAUCCUGUAACAAGGUCUGGCCAAUAGAUGACAGUGUUGCAUAAAGUGAAUGUUUAAGAAAUGCCAGUCAGUCCGCUGUAUACAGCUAGAGUUUGAGUGAAUAAUGCAUUAGUUGACGAUGAAUGUAUUUUUUGGUAUUAUUUUUUGAAUAGUUGUGUUUCAUGUGUGUUCCACAUUGUGUCCUUUUGUAAAGCUGAUUUGCAAACUGUGAAAAGCGCUUAAUACAUGUAAAUUAAGCCGUAAAUAUCAUUGCAAUAAUUGUACAGUCUUACACUUUUACAUUUUUUAUUUUUUGCAGCUUGAACUGCUUAAGAUGCAUACAGACUGCAUUCAGUUUUGUUCCUUGGUGUGGUAUCUAUUUUAGGUUUUUGUAAACUUAAUACUUUUAAGAAAACGAAAGAUUAAAGUUUUAAAUUUAGCAUUUUGGCUUACAUUACUAGAAUGCUGUAUGAGAUUCGGGCUCAAUUGCACAGAGUGUUAUGACAACCAAAAAGAGUGUUAUGACAACCAAAUCUAAAAUCCUCUUGCCUAAAACUUUAACACUAUUUUUAGUUUAAUCUUAAGAACAUAAAUGUACUUAUUUGUGCUAUUUUGAGGCCCCAUAAUUAUGAACUAAAAUGUGCUAUAUCUGUAUUUAAAAAAAUAUGUAUUUAGUUACCACUUGUAGUAAACUUAAAUUUACGCGUUAACUAAAAGUGGUUGCGAAAUACAUUGUUAGCACAUUAUGGUGUCUCAAAAUAGCACAUAUAAGUAUACACUUACAUGUU